UUUCUGAUUUUCUUGAGGGCGGGACGUUUUCUCGAGGUGCCGAAAGUGUUUUGUUUUCCGAAUACUUUUUCAAACAAAAGAAAUGCAACUAGUAUAACAUAAGGUCCUAUAGAAAAUUUCACCCACCGUUCGCGAGUGCUUGCCUGUGUGAGUGAGUGAGAGAGUACGAUAAGUUCCAGCAUCUUUUAUCAAAAUGCAACAACAAAGCGCAUUAUUUUUGUUGCUGCUGGCUGUGACGUCCCAAGGAGUCAGCGCAGACGCCGAGUCCAAUUGGAAUGACAGAGUCAAAGUUUUCACUGUGGCCACUGAACCCACUGAUGGCUAUGCACGAUAUUAUCGAUCUUUGAAUGUCUACGACAUUAAGGGUACUACUCUCGGUCUCGGUGAGGAAUGGAAAGGAGGAGAUAUGCAAAAACCCGGCGGCGGUUUCAAGCUCAAUCUUUUGCGUGAAGCCAUUGAGCCCUAUAAAAAUGAUCCUGAAAUAAUAAUACUCUUCACAGACAGCUACGACGUUAUCAUUACCGCUUCGCUGGAAGAGAUUGCGGAAAAGUUCAAGGAAUCGGGAGCAAAGCUGCUCUUCUCGGCCGAGAAAUUCUGCUGGCCCGAUAAAAGCUUGGCUGAUGAUUAUCCCGAAGUUGAGGGCAAGGCCUCCCGAUUCCUCAACUCGGGAGCCUUUAUUGGCUUUGCACCACAGGUCUACGAAGUACUGGAGGAUCCUAUCGAAGAUACUGCCGACGAUCAGCUGUAUUUCACCAAGAUAUUCCUUGACGAGGCCAAACGCACCAAGCUAGACAUGAAGUUGGACACACAGUCCAGGUUAUUCCAAAACCUUCAUGGAGCCAAAAACGAUGUUGAGCUUAAAGUGGAUCUGGAGAGCAAUCAGGCUGUUCUCCAGAAUGUGGACUUUAUGACGACGCCGGCCAUUAUUCAUGGGAACGGACUGAGCAAAGUGGAUCUGAAUGCGUACAGCAAUUAUUUGGCCAAGACCUUCAACGGCGUUUGUCUGUUUUGCAAGGAAAAUCUCUUGGACUUGAAUGAACAAGAUCUUCCUGUGAUUUCUCUGGCUCUGAUUGUCACACAACCCGUGCCCUUCUUCGACCAGUUUCUCGAAGGCAUCGAAAAACUAAACUAUCCCAAGGAGAACCUGCACUUGCUCAUCUACAGCAAUGUCCCAUUCCACGACGAUGACAGCAGGGCAUUUGUGAACAAGUAUGGCGAGAAGUACGCUUCUGCCAAAUACACGCUUUCUACGGAUGAAUUGGAUGAGCGCCAAGGCAGGCAGUUGGCCCUGGACAAGGCUCGAACCCACAACAGUGAUUACAUAUUCUACGUGGACGCAGAUGCGCACAUUGACGAUAGCGAGGUGCUCCGGGAGCUGCUCAAACUAAACAAACAAUUUGUAGCGCCGCUUUUCACCAAACACGAAGAGUUAUGGAGCAACUUCUGGGGCGCCCUCUCCGAAGGAGGUUACUAUGCCAGGUCGCACGACUACGUGGACAUUGUAAAGUCCCAAAUAAUUGGAAUCUUCAACGUGCCCCAUAUCACGAGCAUUUAUUUGGUGAAGAAAACGGCCUUCGAUGCCAUCACAUUCAAGGAUAGCGAAUUCGAUCCCGACAUGGCUCUGUGCCAGUCACUUCGAAAUGCGGGCGUCUUCAUGUACAUCAGCAAUCUGCGCUCUUUCGGUCACUUGGUCAACGCUGAUUACUUCAAUAGUACGGUGACACGUCCGGACUUCCAUACGCUGUUUACCAACCGCAACGAUUGGGCGGAGAAGUACAUACACCCAAACUUUUCGCUUCAGCUGAAUGCUAGCUACCAGAUACCGCAGCCGUGUCCGGAUGUCUUUUGGUUCCAGAUCGUGACGGACGCGUUCUGCGACGAUUUGGUGGCCAUCAUGGAGGCGCACAACAGCUGGUCCGACGGCAGCAACAGCGACAGCCGGCUGGAGGGCGGAUACGAGGCGGUGCCCACGCGGGACAUCCACAUGAAGCAGGUGGGCCUGGAGCAGCUCUAUCUCAAGUUCCUCCAGUUGUACGUGCGCCCACUGCAGGAGCGCGUCUUCACUGGUUACUAUCACAAUCCUCCUCGCUCCCUGAUGAACUUCAUGGUGCGCUAUCGGCCGGAUGAGCAGCCUUCACUGCGACCCCACCACGACGCUUCCACGUACACCAUUAACAUCGCGAUGAACCGGGCAGGCAUCGACUAUGAGGGCGGUGGCUGUCGAUUCAUCAGAUACAACUGCUCCGUGACCGAUACGAAGAAGGGUUGGAUGCUGAUGCACCCGGGUCGACUGACCCACUUCCACGAGGGACUACUCGUGACAAAUGGCACCCGCUACAUCAUGAUUUCCUUUAUUGAUCCGUAGGAGGGGAGCUAGUUAAACUUGUACUCUUUAUCAAACUGCCAUAUCGGCCACUCCAAAGAACUGCAUUCUAAGCCCAAUGAACGAUUUGUGUCGAUGGAAUUGCGACAUCGGCCUUGGGCCUUAAGUUACUGAUGAUUUUAUAUACUACUUUGAGAUCGACAGCUUUAUGGUCCCUCGAUGAAUCUGUUGCAGCCUUAAGUUAAUUGUAAGCUUUUUUUACAAAGUGCAAAGUGUUCAAUGUUUGACUAAAUAAAUUAAUUCGUUUAUUAAUUAA